CACACUAGAUGGCGCUGUGCCCUAAUCACAACUAAAUUCACUCCCAAUGCAUCAUCGAGGUGCGACGCCAAACUUUAUACGGUAGUAGCUUCAAACCAUUUACUUUGAGAACCAAACGACACUCCAAGUUCACAGAACAGCGCUGCACGAAAUCAACUGUCAGGUGAAACAGCCCCGACAUACAGCUGUUCUGGCUGAAUGGGAGAUCCUGUUGUUGCAUAAAUCAGACCGGAGCCCCCAGACCUCAGCCUGACUUCAGGUGGCAGUGGUGAUGAGCAGUCCCAUGGCUAGCUCCUCCUCCAGCUACUCCAGGGACCGCCCCUCCAACCGUACCAGCUUCAUCCCUGAACUACAGAGCAUGAUGUACCUAUCUAUCUGUUUGCUCUCGGAGAUGCUCGCAGGCCACUACAUGAUACCGCUGCUCUGGUGGAGGAUAUAGUCCACACUCAACUCAUCAACUUGCUGCAGCAGGCGUGCGAGGGGGCCGUGCUGCGGGGUUCAAGGGUCAUCUCAGCGGAAGACAUCCUGUUCGUCAUGAGGAAAGACAAGAGGAAGCUGGCCAGACUCUUGCGGUACAUGCAGUUCCGGGACUAUAAGUCUAAAGUCCUGAAGAACAUCGAAGACGAGGAACCACUCGAGUCAGAUAGGUCCACCGUUGCCGGGGGUAACAAGCGCCAGCGUCUGAUGGUGGACUUCCUGUCCUGGGUGGACCAGACCGGGGAGUUCCUGUCCCUCACCAACACUCUGGACGAGAUCAAGCAGGAGCGACUGGAGAGGCUGGAGAGACACUCAAGGAACAUGGACCCUGCUCAGUACUCUGAGUUCUGUGAGAGUCGUCAGCUCAGCUUUGCUAAGAAGGCCUCAAAGUUCCGUGAUUGGCUGGACUGUAGCAGCUUGGAGGUGAAACCCAAUGCCGUCGCCAUGGAGAUCCUGUCCUACCUGGCCUAUGAGACGGUUGCUCAGAUUGUAGAUCUGUCUCUGCUUGUAAAACAAGACAUGAGUCCCAAGACCGGCCCUUUCAGCCAUGUCAUCGCUGCCAACUACAUCCACUACCACAGCAACACAGAGGUAAAAAAAGAUCCAGAUUCUCCGGAAAACACGCCCCCCUCCACCCCGAGCUCCUCCCACUCUUCAAAGUCCCUCCCCCAGGGUAACGGGGAGAGCAGCAGGAGUCGACAGAGGAAACGCAAGAAGAGCUCAACAGUGAGUGCGGAGCCCCUCAGUGGAGCAAUCCAGCCCUGCCACAUCCGGGAAGCCAUCAGACGCUACAAUUACACACACACGAGCUCCUACAGGCGCAGUGGGAUGGCCUUCCUGGCCUGCUGAGGGAUGGAGUCACAUGAUGGAGGGAGGAGAAAGGAUAGGCAGCCAGACCAGUUUUGUAUUUUUUUGUGUCUAGAAAUGUUGAUAUUUCACCUUAUACUUUGGAAUAAAAUGAUCAUUCAAUUCUU